CUCCUCAUCGUCCUCCCCCGAUGAGGUAGUGGCGGGAACGUCAUCCUCCAGCCCCCCCCCCCCACUCGACCUCAGGGCGCACCAGGACCUCCUCAGGCGCCAAGGGAGGCCUCAGACCCAUCCUCGACCUGCAGGAACUCAACAAAUAUAUGGUGAAGUUGAAGUUCCGCAUGGUAUCCCUGGGGACCAUUAUCUCAUCUCUGGAUCCUGGAGACUGGUACGUCGCCCUCGACAUGCAGGACGCUUAUUUUCAUAUAGCCAUUUUCCCACAACACAGGCGCUUCCUUCGGUUCGUGAUCGACCGCCACCAUUAUCAAUUUGCGGUCCUCCCGUUUGGCCUCUCCCCGGCCCCGAGGGUAUUCACGAAAUGCAUGGCUGUCGUUGUCGCCUAUCUUCGACGCAGUCGCAUACAUGUAUUCCCCUACCUCGACGACUGGCUGAUUCGAGGCACAUCAGAGUCGCAGGUCCUCAACCACGUCCGCAAGAUCAGCAGACUCUUUGGAGAUUUGGGCCUCAUUAUCAACGUGGGCAAGUCCACUCUGCUCCCCACGCAGAGGAUAGAGUUCAUCGGGGCCAUUCUGGACUCCACCUUGGCCAGGGCCAUUCUGCCACUGUCCAGGUUCCAGACGCUGUUGGCCAUCAUUCGGCGUCUACAGGUGGCUCCCUUGACCUCUAUAAGGACAUUGGUACAAGUCUACACCCCUACAACAGACUAUGAUGAUGAGAAAAUUGAAGAUUUCUACAAUCAGCUCCAAGACAUCAUCGAUAAGGUACACAAGAAAGAUAUCCUGAUUGUACAGAGAGAUUGGAAUGCUAAAGUGGGUACUGAUGCACAGGCAGAUUGGCGAGAUUAUUAUGACCCUUUCUGUAAUGCGGUCACCAAUGAGAGAGGAUUGAGACUUUUGGAGUUUGCCAGCUAG